UUUUACUGAGUAACUUUAUAUUAUGGUAAAACUUUAUAUUAUGGUGGUUGGAUUAAUUGCGUGAUUUAUUGUAAUAUCCUGAUGUUAUAAGUUACUGUUUUCGUCUAGACAUUCCUUAAACCUUUUAGAAGUAACGUAAAGGCAAACUAAGUAAGAUGAUGCAAUUUAUGCUCCUAUUUAGUCGGCAAGGCAAGUUACGCCUACAGAAAUGGUACGUGGCCCACCCUGAUAAACUGAAGAAGAAAAUUACCCGGGAACUUAUCACCACAGUGCUGGCGCGGAAGCCGAAAAUGUGCUCCUUUCUCGAGUGGAAAGAUGUGAAAGUAGUAUAUAAGAGAUACGCGUCCCUGUAUUUCUGCUGCGCCAUGGAGCAGGAGGACAAUGAGCUGCUGACCCUGGAGCUCAUCCACCGCUAUGUCGAGCUUCUCGAUAAAUACUUUGGCAGUGUGUGCGAGCUGGACAUAAUCUUCAACUUCGAGAAAGCCUACUUCAUCCUCGAUGAGCUGGUGCUUGGCGGAGAGCUGCAGGAGACCAGCAAGAAGAAUGUGCUGAAGGCCAUCGCUGCACAGGAUCUUCUGCAGGAGGAGGAGACCCCUCAGGGCUUCUUCGAGGACCACGGGCUGGGCUAGGACUGCGUGACCAGGACGGAUGCUGCGUAGAACAUCGCCGGGUUUUAGUCAGUAAUGGAUUGGUUAGUUAUAUAUUGUAAAUGACAUGUUAAACUUAAAUACAUAAUCUGAAAGAAAACAAC